UGUCUGGUUGGAUUCAAAAUAAAAUGCCACAACAAUUCAACUUCAGAAAAAAACUUUCCGUUCUGACUAAAGCCAUUGGUGUGUCACACUGGCUCUCCAACCGAUCCAUGAAACAAAAACAGAACACCAGAAAAACUAAAGUCAAUCUGUUCAAACACCGGAUGGCCAUGAGGGUUGCCAGUAAAACCAGCCUGACUAACACGAAAAACAAUAACUCUUAUAAGGAUAAGGAUGGAUCCAACCUCCAAGGAAAGACAACGGACAGAGCCGACAAAGCUCUACAAGGUGGAGACAAAGAGUUAGAGUCCAAAUUUGCUGUAGUACUUCCAAGAAUGAACAAAAUCAGCAAGGCAAAGACCGCUAAGAUGCCUCUGACAGCUCUUAGAUCUUCUACUCCAUCAUGUCCAGCAGGAGGACUUGGUGCCUCUGAGCCCAAACUUCCAAUGCCUGGUGCUAAGCUUGUCCUUUCUGUAAAACCAGAUCUCAGUCUCCUGAAGACCACAAGGAAGCCAGGGAGGGAAGGGCUUAUGACAGAUGUGAUAACAAAGAGUACAGGCUCUGUUGAUGCCUCAGAAGAAUCAUCCAAACCUGACAGUAGAACCAAGAAACUUUCCAUGGAAAAUAAGGAUGAAAUCAGUGUGUUACAAGCUGCAAGAGGGAAGCUAAAACCUUCUAAGGUUAACUUGAGUAAGAUGCCAGAGAGGAGUAUAGAUGAUGGACAAACACGACUCAGAGGACCUAGCACAGGCAGAGAAGACGCUGCUGGGACACCAGAGUCUACCACUCAACACGCUCCAAACACAAGAGCAACUGUGUCAGCUGUUUGUUCUCUGUAUGAAGAGGAAACAGACAAAGAAGUGGCCCAGCUGAUGGGUGAGGCUGGGUCAUACACAGUCAGCCAACCAGAGGUGCACUGGACUGGAAGUCCACGGAUGAGUGGAGUCCCUCAGGACUGGCUCCGAUCAGAAAAUCUCCUGCCCCAUCAGACUGUGGAGAAGCUAACCAAGUGGACCGUCUAUGAUGAUGAAGGCCAAGCUAAGUUCACUCCACACGGCAAUGGCAGAGGACCCUGGGAAUCAGAGGACCCUACCCAGGAGAUCCUGGAGAGCCGGCUAGUCAGCACACAGGUGGUGAUGCCUCACAGCAGAAAGGUUGUCGAGGUGGAUGAGGUGGAGGAUCUGUCCCAGCUUGAAGAGGUCUCUGAGAGCUCUGUGCUUCUGAAUCUGAAGAAGAGGUUCCAGCGAGACUGUAUUUAUACCUACAUUGGAAAUAUCUUGCUGUCAAUGAAUCCCUUCAAGCCUGUGAGCAUUUACACAGAGGAGAUGAGGCAGAUGUAUGAAGGCAGAGAGCAGCAUGCUAAUUCACCGCAUGUAUAUGCCAUAGCUGACUCAGCCUUCCAGCUUUCUCAGUCCUCUACACAAGAACAAUGCAUCGUUAUAAGUGGACAGAGUGGUUCUGGGAAAACUGAAGCUACAAAGUUAAUAGUUCAGUACCUCAGCUCCAUGUAUCACAACAGAAACAACAGCCUUCGGCAGCCCAUGGAAGUCUUUCCUAUCCUCGAGAGUUUUGGAAAUGCCAAGACCAUCCUCAACAACAACUCCAGUCGCUUUGGCAAAUACCUCCACAUCCAUAUUCUUCAUGGAGUUGUUGUUGGGACAUCAUUGUCUAAAUAUCUUCUGGAGAAGUCCAGGGUUGUUUUCCAGGCCAGUGACGAGAGGAACUACCAUGUGUUUUAUGAGCUGCUGGCAGGUAUGAAUGACUGGGACAAACAGGAGCUCUACCUGCAGGGAGCUGAGACCUAUUACUACCUAAACCAAGGGGGUGCCUGUGAGCUAAGGGGAAAGCAGGACAAACAGGACUUUCAGCUUUUGGUUCAAUGUUUUGAAACAAUUGGCCUUCGCACUGAUCAGGUCUCCAUCGUCUGGGCUGUCCUCUCCUCUAUCCUGCAACUCGGGAACAUCUGUUUCACUUCUUAUGAGAGUGAGUCCUUUGAGGUGGCUCGAAUCUUCAGUGAGGCUGAGGCCCGAAGGGUUGGCUCUUUGUUGCAAAUUUCCUCUGAAGCUCUGCAGACAGUCAUUACACACCGAGUCACAGAGACCACCUACGAUAGGAUCUAUUGCCCCCUGUCUGUGGAAAGUGCCAUAGAAUCAAGAGAUGCCGUUGCCAAGGCCUUGUAUUCAGUACUGUUUGACUGGCUGUUGGAGCAGAUCAAUGACUGGCUGAAUCCCUCUGAAAUGGACAGCACUGUAGGUGUAGUGGACAUCUAUGGGUUUGAGAAUCUGAACGUGAACAGCUUUGAGCAGCUGUGUAUCAACUUUGCCAAUGAGCAGCUGCAGUAUUUUGUCAACAAAACAGUCAUCUCUCAGGAGCAGGAAGAAUACAGUGCAGAGCAGAUCCAGUGGUACCCGAUGCCAGUCCAAAACUUCAGCUCCUGUUUGGAGCUGAUAUCCUCCAGGCCACAUGGCAUCCUUCGUAUACUGGAUGAUCAGACUUUUCUUCCUCAGGCUACAGACCACACUUUCCUCCAGAAAUGCCACUAUCACCAUGCAAACAACCCAUUUUAUGCCAAGCCCAAGACCCCAAUGCCAGUGUUCACAAUUUAUCACUAUGCUGGACCUGUCACCUAUCAGGUCCAUAAUUUCCUGAAUAAGAACCAUGACCAGUUCAGGACGGAGGUGGUGGAGCUCUUUGCCAGCAGUCGUAUAAAGAUGAUCUCUGAAUUGUUUCGGAAGCUUCAGAACAACUACAUCCAGCAGAGGGAGCUGGGCUGGAGGGGGAGAGGUCUGCGCCAGCAGGCCUCCACUGCUGCUUCCCAUUUCCUUCAGUCUCUGACUGAACUCACCAUCCGUCUGCAGAGGUGUAAAAGCACUUUUAUUCGUUGUCUGAAGCCAAACUAUGCUAAGCUUCCUGGGGUCUUUGAUGUGGACUUUGUGUCAAGUCAGCUCAGGCAUUCAGGAAUACUGGAAACCAUCCAUAUCCGGAAGGAGGGUUUCCCUGUCCGACUUCAGUAUUCAUAUUUUAUUCAGAGGUAUGGGUUUCUGCUGAAUCAGCAGUUGUGUGACCUGUCCCACACAGAGCUUACUGUGGCUUUACUGGACUUGGUGGAUGCAGAGGAGGGACAGUAUCAGCUGGGACUAACCAAGGUUUUUCUCAAGGAGCUACUGUACCAGCAGCUGGAGGAGAAAUGGAACAGCACACAGACCUGGGCUGCAGUCACCAUCCAGAGGAACAUAAGGGGGUUCCUCUGCAGGAAAAACUUUAAAUUCUUCAAAAACAAAGCCAUUAUUAUUCAGAGUCACAUUCGAGGACACCAGGCCAGGAAGUACUUCAAACGUUUGAAGCAGUCCUUCUCACAGUUUUGGGCAGUGAUGCUGAUAACCAGGAACACAAUCAAGACACGUCACUGGAGGAAGGAAUUUCAUGAAAAGGACAAAGUAAAACCAAGAAGGAAGACAACGCCUAUCUCUACAGGGAUGGACGUAGGCAUGUUGGAGAUUCCUGCUGAGCUGUCUGCCAGACUUCGCAGUGGAGCAGGACAGCAGCGUGGUUCAGGGGUUACAGAAGUUGCACCUCCACAGGUGAAGGCACAACAUAGGCUCGCCCUGCCACAGGAUAUUGAUAGAAAUCCAUUUUCCCGCUAUGCCAAGAAUAUAUUAAAGGAUACAUGGUGCCAGCCCCAGGGAUACCCUCUCCAGAGUUCCCUCACACCCCUGGACCCUGAAGAUACCAGAACAGCUGUGGAACUUAACAAACUGAUCCUGAGAUUUAUGGGUGAGUUAGAUCUGAGCAGCUGGCAGGAACAGAUGUUAGGGAAUUAUAUAGUGGAGAAGGGCCAGAAACAGCCAGCCCUGAGGGAUGAGAUCCUGGCCCAGUUGGUUUACUAUACAUGGGGCAAACAAGAUGAACAGGACAGUCUGAGGGGGUGGUUUCUGCUGGCCUGCUGCCUCAGUGCCUUCACACCAUCGCCAACACUGGAAAAACCACUGCUGAAGUAUGUAUCAGACCAUGGUCCUGGGGAGUAUCGGUCACUGUGCCAACACAAACUGCUGACAUCUCUGCAGCUGCCAACUUUUACUGCCCGUCUCUUCCCACCCACCCAGCUAGAGUGGACCUCCAACCAGAGGAAGGGCACCAUGCUGCUGGAAGUAAACACUUUUAAUGAUGAGACGCUGACGAGUGAGGUGGAGUCAUGGACCACAGCGGAGCAGCUGGCCUCCUGGCUCCUUCAGUACAGAGGUGUUACAGAAGCUGUGCAGGGCUGGUCUGUGGCUCUUGUGAGUGAUGAAGGCUGGUCAGAAAUAUGUGGCUCAGACUUUGCCAUGGAUCUGCUGGCUGAAGCAGAAGCUGAAGUGCUGCCACCUCCAGGAACACCCUCUUCUACAAACUCUGACUACCUGUUCAGCAGGCUUUCAGAUAGGAUACCGUCCACAGAUCUGGAUGACUUCAUCCCACCUGCACCUUCCAUGCAAGCUCCUGGGCUGCCUGGUUCUGAUGGAAACCUCUGGAGAAGAGAUUAUCCACAGGAAGGACGUGGGCGGCAGAUAGAUGCCUACGUUGAUGACUUGUUUGACCCUGUUCUGGACCAAGGACCACCGGACACAGAAAGAGUAGCCAUGCUAAACCGGAGGAUGAGAGGAGGUGGUGGGGUUGGACCGAUGCACGCUGGCAUGUAUGGAGCUGGUAUGCCUAUGACGAUGCCAACCUAUCCUUUAGGAGUACCAGUUAACCCUGCAAUGCCCAGUUACGGGGCAGCUUCCAUGAUGCCAACCAUGCCAGGCAUGAUGAUGCCUCCGGCCCCUGCUGUCAAUGAUCCCAUGCAGAUGGCAGCAACUCAGCAGGCUCUCAUUAACCAGCAAGCCUUACUCAUGGCCCAGCAGAUGACCAUGCAGGCGAUGAAUCUGUCUCAACAGCAGACCAAAGAGCAGCAGAAAAAGCAGCAGAAGAAGAAGAAGGAGGAGGAGGAGGAGGAGGAGGAGGAGGAGCAAAGCAGGGAGGAAGAGCGUCAGAGGAGACGUCGAUCAACACGACGCUCUGUGGAACGUCGGCGAUCACGUUCUCCUAAGACUACGUCACCUCCAGCUGUAAAGUCCAAAGCACCUGCUCCGAAGGAAAAGUCCAAGCAGGAUGAGUCUGAGCCAGAAGAAAAAGAAGACUCAGACUCAGAAGAACCACAGUCUUUUAAAGAUAAAAGGAACUUCUUCCAGAAGAUUGGUUCUCAACCUCAACGUGAGUCCAGAUCGUCAAAGAAACAACCAGUUCGCUCCAGUUCACCGAAGCAAAAGCAGCGCAGGCCUCCAUCCCCGAGCCCAUCACCUCCACCUGUAGCACCAAAGCCUGCUGUAAGACGUCCUCGGACCCCUUCACCUGAAAAAGAAGACCCUCCCAAAGAAAAACCUAAACCUCUUGAAAAGCCUCGGCCUCAGCCCACUUCCAACAUCAGGGAAAUCAUCAAACAGUACAACAGUCGUCCUCAACCAGAACCCAAACCCUUUCAGCCCGUCAGACCUUCCCCUGCUAGAACAUUCAUUAAAAAGAGUGACCCCAAACAAGAAGCUCUGGCCAAACUGAAAAACAAAGGACCAUUACCACAGAGACUGCCUCCUCCCCCGAAAGCCCCCCCACCACCUGCUAACCCCUCAGCCAGCGGCCCCAGGGUCAUUUCUAACAGUAUGAGGCAGAAGCAGCGCCCCUUGGAGGAAUUAUUUGGCUCUCAGCGCUCCCGGCAGCCUUCUCCUGCUCCACGUGACUCCCCACCACCUCCUCCAGUUCCUAGCCUUCAGAACAUCCCUGAUCCACCACCUGUAGCUGCCCCAUCCCUGAAUAUGAUGGCAGAUGAUGAUGGGAUUCGGUCCCAGCUCCACCGUUUCUCUGCUGGAGUUUACUUCUCUUACUACAACAUGCCAGGAAAACUAUUUCUGCGAAAAGAGGUGUUUUAUCCCAAAGAGAUGUUCAACCAACCAUACAUCCUCAACCUAUUGUGUGAACAGAUCAUGAGAGACACGUACACUGAUACCUGUUAUAGGAUCAGCAGAGAGGAGAGAAGGAAGAUGAAGGACCUCCUUGUAAAUUUUAAAGUUGGAUCAACAAUAAGCACCAUCCAAGAUGACAACAUAAAGAGGAGGAUUGUCAUUGCUGCUCGAGACAACUGGGAACAUUACUUUGCUCGACUGUUUACUGUAAUGGCUGACAGAAGUGACGCUCAGAUUUUGGGUAUUUCCCAUCGAGGAAUUCGUCUUCUGAAGGUGGUGAGAGCAUCAGGUAUCAACCCAAAGCAUCUGAGACUGCUCAAAGGCUACAGUUUUGCAGAGGUCCUGUCAGUUGGUCUCCAGGGGAGUGAUAAAGUGGAGCUGGAGCUCAAGAAUGAGAACUUGGUGCUGAAGUCAUCCAAGGCACCUCAGAUCACUUUCAUGAUCGAACUAUUCCUCAAAGAGCUCAUCAAGGACUCAGGACAUGUGGUAGCUUUAAAGACAUAUGUAACAGAUGACAAGAGUCUCCUCAGCUUCAGCAAAGGUGACGUCAUCAAACUCCUGCCAAUGGAUAUAUCCCAGACUGGCUGGAAGUUUGGCACUCUUGGAGGGCGUUCUGGUCUUUUCCCAGAAGACAUCACACAGCCAUCUGCAGCCCCGGACUACCACUGCCUUCACCUGGAUCAAAGAGACAUCAGGAGGAAAAGCAUGAGGCGUCCGAAGGCUGUCAGUCCACAUGAGAACGCUUCUCCACGUCCCAUCAGUCCACCUGAGAACACGUCUCCCCUUCCCAUCAGCAGAACCAGCAGACACAUGGGCAGUACUUAUUCAGAGCCCCCCAGGAGCGAGGCCUCAGCACCAGGUUCCUUCCAGAGAUCAGGACCCAGCUCAGUUCAAGGCUCAGCCCAUGGGUCAGAGAGCCUGCCAGCUAUGGCUGAGUUUGCUAUGAAAUACUUCAGAGUCGGAGCAACAGGUGUUCCAGCCACUGGAAGAAAUUUUUUGGAAGCAGUUCAACACAUAGAGGCACCCAUCCAAGAGUCUUUAAUUCUCUACAACGAUCCAGAAAUCAAUGAUUUGGCUGUGGAAUGCUUCAACUAUCUGAUGCAGUUUAUGGGCGACAUCCCAAUGAAAAAACAUACUACGCAAGUGAACAGCCUGAGUCAUAUUCUUCUGCUUGGGAAAGAAAAGGAGACGCUGAGAGAUGAAGUCUACUGUCAAGUCAUCAAGCAAAGCACCAACAACCCAACAAGAUCCAGUUGCACAUUUGGAUGGCGGCUGCUAAAGCUGAUAACCGGCUUCUUCCCCUGCUCUAAUACCCUACUACAGUAUGUCACACAACAUCUGCAAGACAUUUCUCAGGAUCCUGGGCAUCCAUACCAAGAGCUGGCAUGCAUAUGUCAAGAUAACCUCCAGCGCUCUGUUGCUUUUGGUGGUCGCCGCAACAUCCCUUCCCAUAUUGAGAUGGAGGCUAUUCUGACUGGAAAAAUGUCGCGACGUAUUCCUGUCCAUCUGCCAGGAGGAGCGGAGUUCCCUGUUAAGAUUCGUAGUUUCAGUAUGGCAGUUGAUGUUGCAACAGAUAUCUGUAAAGAGAUGGGAAUAGUGGAAGCCUCAGAAAUCAGCGAGUUUUCUGUUCUUGCCACAAGACUUCAAGAUGGGAUGGUGCGUCCUCUUCAUGCUGGGGAGUACAUCUUUGACUUCCUGCUGGAUGAUGGCUCCAUCUCUUUGUCUCUGAGGAGAAUCGUCUGGGGAAACCCUUUGUCCUUUAGAAAUGACCUCUAUGUGGACUUUCAUUAUCAGCAGGUCAGAGCUAAAAGAGUACCUGCCCUCACAGGACAGACUGGGCAGUAAACUUGAAGAGAUCCAGUCCUUCUGUCAGAAUCAGAUAGCUGCCAUGCAGUCUCUCACUCCUCCAGAUGUCAAAAUACGCUUCAUUGACUUUCUGAGCAACCUGCCCCUGUUUGGCUCCCACACCUUCACAGCCCAGAAGGUGAGCCAGCGUGGUUGUCCCUCCCCUUGUGUGGUCAGCAUCAACAAAGAGGGGGUUCUUUUCCUUCAUCCAAAAACACAGGACCGAGUGUUUCAGAUUCGUCUGGAAGAAGUUCAGUCCAUGCGCACCAUCCGUCCAAAGAAACAAGGCAAACUUCCAGCAGUGGACAUCAACUAUGGCAAUCCUGCCAAACCCCAAAAAGUCACGUUUCAUCUGCAACAGGCUAAAGAGUUGUGCCAUGUCCUUGCUCUGAUAAUGGAGGAGCUAAUUCAACCAUCAUAUCACCAGUAAACACAAAGAUUUUAGCUAACAGGCUUUUGGAUUGUUCUUUGUUUUUGGCUGGGUAUUUUCUGUGUGACUCUUUGAUGAAGGUUUUAUUGAUGAAACUGACUGGAUGAAAAGUUAAAUUCAUAAACAGUGAUGUUGGCACACUGAUCUGAUUAAUGAGAUGUGUUGAUCAGGGUUUAGGUUUUGGUCAGAAGUAAAUGCUGGAGAGGAGAAAUAAUUCAACAAAACCUUUAAUAUUUUUUUCUUUUGUAAAAUUUUCUUUAAUAAGCCAUCGCUAGAAAGUUAAAAAUGUUAUUUGAGGCCAUACUAAUGACAUUUAUUUAAAGUGAAUAUUUACAAAACAGUAAAGAUAUGUUGAUUUACUAACUUCUUGUGUAGUUUUUCAGUGUCAUUAUCUUCCAGUAGUAUGGAUUCAACUUUGUCUGUAAAACUUACAAUAAAUGUUUUUUCCUAUUA